CCCCCCCCCCCCCCCCCGCCCCCAGCCUGUCCCCCCCCCCUUCCAGUCCCUCAAUCUGGUGCAGCAGCAUCUUUGCACUGCACAGUAGUGACCUGGCCCUCCAGAGGCAGCUGGUGCUCUGGGUCAGACCUCAGCCUGAUGAUUUUUUCCAGUUUCCCCAGGGCAGAGGGGUGAGGGAGAGGCUCGUGCUGCAGGAGCAGCCACCGAGGAAGUGAGCCUCUUCCCAGGAGGGCCAGGCAAGUGGGUGCUAGAGUCUGAGAGCCCUCAGUCUCUCUCCUGCCUUGAGCCUCCCAACCGGUGCUAUCUGUUAACUGACCGUGCUCACGGACAUGGACACAGAGCCCGCCGUGCUCCAGACCCUGCAGGCGCCUCAGGAGGCGCCCAGAGGACUCCCUUUUGUGUUGGUGCAUCUGCUCCGUGGUCCUGAGGGGCCAUAGUCUCCAUUUCUGCAUCUUGCAUGGCCUGGCACUGGGGUGGGGUGGCAUGCCCCAGGACCCUUGUUUGUGUCAAAAUGACUUUUCCUGCUCCUCCCAUCAACCCUGCUUCUCUCCCAGCCAGGGAGCACAGUGGGCAGCCAGCACCCGGCACCAAGUUUGUGAGCGCUCUGCUUCUGCCCUUCCCCUCCUCUGCACCGCUCUGCUUUCCUCAGACCCCUUUUUGCCAUGCAAAGGGAAUUCUUGAAAUGAAAUAAAAGGUGUCCAGAUUGCAGACUGCAUGUUCACAAGGCCAGAGGGUUUUCCAGCGUGGCUUCAUAUGGGAACUGGAAUCCAACUAACUGGAAUUUCUUUUUUUCUUCAUUCUGCUUUUUGAAGGAGGCAAAUCUUAAGAAAUUGAAUUGAGAUGAGAAAUUAAACACAGACGAGUUCAAUGGAGUUUUGUUAGAGCAGAAGGGGACGCUCUAGUCCAGUGUUUUGGUUGGGAGGGGGCAGUAUUCUGCUUUUCAAAAGCACAUGCAGAAAAUCGAUAGUUUCAUAAUCUAAAUCAUGGAAAAUAAGACCCACAAAAUUUUUUUGGCUGUUGAGAGUACGAAGAAGGGAGAAAUCACUAUUGAGACUUGAGUUUGAAAUAUUUGAGCACACAGCUUGAGUCCAUCCCUUUGUUUUACCCUCAAGGAGCUGAUUCCCAAAGAGCUUUAGUGACUGAGAGAGUGGGAGAGCCGAGACCAGUGUCUGGUUUCCUGCGUCCUCCUGUGGUGGAGACACCACAUGAGGUGCCCAUCAGCUGCAUCACGAGCCUCAGCACAGCCCUAGGAGGGUCCUAGAGUGAGCUGCACCCCUGGAGCUGGUCAGAGGUGGUGACACUCAGUGCGGACCUCUCCCAGGCAGCAAGGAUCCUCAGUGUGGACCCUGCAGUCCACUUACUGGAGCAGGACAGGGGUCUUUUGGGGUAGAUUUUUAUUUUCCUUCUGAUAAUGUGUUAAUUAAAAUUAUUUUAAUUAAAAAUGCAUGCAGUAAAAAUUCAAAUGGUAAAAAAAAGACAACGAAGAGUAAAACUCUUUCCUACCUGACUCCCUGUUGAGAAGCAUCUGCUGUUAAGAGCUUCUUAUAUGUUUUUCCAGAACUGGGGAAGUGAGGGCCUGAAGGAUGAGUUGCUUGGGGCAGGGGAAAGGAAGGGAGGAAGCAGUGUGGGCUGAGGAUGCGAUGUGGCAGGGAGGCGGGAGUUGGGAUUCUAAGGCAGGAGACUGGCCUGGCCAGAGCCAGAGGUGUGAAGAAGUUGUAGGUGAGGUAGUUGCAAGGUGAGUCACGGCCAGGCCAUGGAGGGCCUUGAAUGCCAAAUCUGUUCCAUAGACAGGCUGCCAAUUAACUUGGGAUCCGCUGUGCCACAGGCCCCCCAGAGAGCCCCCUUAGAACUCCGUAGAAGCAGAGUGCAUAGCUCUAAAAUAAGGUCAGAGAGGAUGAAAACUGAAGUCUUGAGAAGGCAAGUUGAAGCUAGACACCACUGAAAAUGAAAAGCCACGGGUAAAGUUAUCUUACGAUCAAGGAUUUGGGUACCAUAACUGGCUCUGAGACCCAGUUCCUGGACUGUGGGUGUUGCCAGAGAGUAAGGGGGAAAAGGAAACUUCACACCAUGCCCAAGAUGAAGCAGCCUGUGCCAACUUGUACAGUAUUGGUCCAUCUGAUUGUUAUUGUUAGAAGAGCACGUAACAGAGCAUCCUGUCAGGCCAGGGCCCUCACGGGGACAGUUUGGGGAAGGCCAUGGCUGUUGUUCCAUCUGCCACUAACUCCUUAGGGAGCCAGUGAGGAAGGAUAUUUCUAAAGCAGUCAUUUUCAGGAAGUGGGGUCCUGGGUGUGUGUCAGAAUCUUACCCCACUGUGCGAGGUUCCCGUAGGUCCCCUUCCAUAAAAAUCUUCUAAUGUGGUGCUGGCACUGUGUCCUAAAGGUUGAGACCCUCUGUUCAAACCUCUUGAGACGUAUUUUAAACCCAUAUCAUCCGUCAGCAUAAUCAUCUCUGUAGGUUCACUAUCUUGUGUUCUAAAAGAAGACUGCCUUUGGUUUGUCUUCCAUUCAAGAUUCAAGGGAGAUCCUAUAUCCAGGCUUAGAAGUGUAAGCCAAUGUUUGUGACCUGGCUGUUCCCAUGCCUUCCAUCCCUAUGGGGUCAAUAUCCUUUAACCAUAAAGUGGCUUGAGUCCUCAUCCUACAUGUAGUGUCAAAGCCAGUAGCCUGUGCCCCACAUCUCAAGGAUUUGGGGGCGAGGAGAGGUUUGUUUUCUUUGGUAACUCAUGCUUUCUGGAUUCUCAGGUUCACGUGUAUCUGCCUUCACACUGCUGGUCUCUCUCCUCGGCGUUAAGCCGGACAGUGGGGCUCUGUACCUUUCCUUUGUUUGCCUUCCCCAGAUAAGAUGCUUAUGUGUAGUAGACUUAUCCUUCAGAGGUUGCAGAGAGGGUCUCAUCUCAGCCUAGCGCAGGAAACGAUCCAAAAUUAGACCUAAAAUAUUCCCCGUCUCUGUUCUUAAAAGAUCUUGAACCAUUCUCACCAUCAGGAAUUUCUUGGAAUUCGCCUCUCCCCUUCUCAAUCUUGUAUUUUCCCUGCCUCUCCAAAGAGUAGCUCCUCUCUCCCUUUCUGAAGUCCCUCACUCCCUCUCUCCCAGGAUGCCCAGGGAAAUCCCCAAACCCUAAUUUACUUUGGAGAGCAAUUUAGUUCUAUCUUUGCUCACCUUCUGCCUUUAAAGUCUUGCCCUGGGCCCUAUUUUUCCAUAAUUAAAAUGGCCAGUAAAACUCUUGCUAAACAAAACACCGUUCUCUCCCUAAGAGGAAUUCUGUACCAGUUUUUAAUCAAACAAUUAAUGAAGUUUUGAAUAGAUUUUUACAUUAAUACAUUCAAAAUUCAAAAUGUAUAAAAAGAUGUGCCAUAAAAAAUCUUGUCACCCACUCAUCCACUUACCCUACCUGAAGCUGACAGCCCAACCAAGAAAAGGGAAGUUUCUGGAAGGAACUUAGAAUCAUUCACAGACUCAAAGGAACUGUUGAAUAACCAAUCCUGGACAGAGAUAAAAGUUGUCUCUCAUCUCUGCUCCUUUCCAUGUGUUGGGACCAUUCUUUCAAAUCAAGUUACUCCGAAAGAAAAAGGGAGACAGGACUGCUCCUGACUUGUAUUUAUUUGUAGCUUCCCCAGAGAGGAAAUUAACUUGUUCCCUCAGCUCCAGUUGGAAAGAUCCCAGAGAAAAGCUCUGAUUGGUCCAGCUUAGGUCAUAUGUCCACCCCUGGCUCAAUUACUGUGAACAGGAGGCUAGGGUGCUAUGAUUGGGCUGGCUGGAGUCAGAUGCCCGCCCUUCAGUCACUGUGACAGGACUGGAAUUGUCACAGAACGAUGGCAGCACCCAUUCAAAUUACGUGGCCAGAGCCCAGGGAGGAGCCGUCCCCAAAGGAAAGGAGGUGCAUUUAUGCCCAGAGGAAGGGAGAAGUGCAAGGCUGACAAAGUUAACCGAUGUCCACUACGCACAUAUAUACAGCAGGGGGGCAGCUAGAUCCAAGGCGUAUUUAUUCCAGGAUUCUCACUGACCUGGAAGCCUAGUGGGGGCAUGCUCCCCGGGGGUUAUUUAUGCGAGAGAAGGAGCACAAAAGACAUGCUCCCUGCCAUCUAGAGACUUGCAGGCUAGCAAGGGGAACAGAAUAAAAAGAAUCUCAACUGAGUGGAAUAGAGCUGUGGUCUAUAAACUUUCUUGAGUGAAAAAACAUUUGGGCAUACAUAUGUGUACAUAUAUAUGUUAAAAUGUAUGCUGUAAAUCAUACACAUGAUAGAAAAUUUAAAGGAGAAGAUAGGUAUUUUUAAAGCAUUAUUUUUAACUUUAUAUUACUUGUGAUUCAAAGAAUACUUUCUUCUGUCACGAAAAAUGAGGGUGUGGGUGAAUGUCUAAGGUCACUUUCAGCUCUGCGUGUUACAUUCAUGUUCUACGGCUAUAGAGAUGACAGGAUACAGGGACUAAGUAUAUUUUCUUGAUUCCUCUAAUCUCUACUACCACCAGUGAGAAUAUUUAUAAACCUCAUUUAAAACUUUAUUUAAAGGCAUGUGUCAAGAUCUGAGUGUCAUUGGGAAAGGACAACUGGGUGGCUUCUAGGAGACACAACAAGGUGACAUUUAUCUUGGUGAAUUCAUUGCAGUGCAAGGCUUGGACCUUGCCAAAGCAAAAACAAACCAGAAACGAGAAACUGCCUGUUCCUGAGUGCUUGCUAUAUGCCCGGCGUUCAGCUACAUAAGCACUUUACUUACAUGUUAUUUCUUUAAAUUCCAUCAACCACCUUAGGGUGUGGUGUUCAUGUUCUCCGUGGGAAGACACUGAGGCAGAGUGAGCACAAGCCACCUCACUUAGUAAGUGAAGGAGCCGGGACGCAAAGAAGAAUAGCGAUGGGAGUGCUUCUUGAGCUCUUAACCUGUGAUGGACACUGUUCUAAGCACUUGACUUGAAGUAACUCAUUUAACCCGCACAGCAACUCUAUGAGAUAAGUGCUACUACUAUUUCCCACUAAUAAUGAGGAAACGGAGGUGUUGAGAAGUUAAUGACUUGCCCAAGGUCCACAUCCUGUAAGUGGCAGCACUGGGCUAGGGCCCCAGAUGGUCUCACUCCUCAGCCCCACUUUCUGAAUCACUGUGCUACACCAUCUCCACAACCCCGUGAGGCUGCAGACCAGUGCCUGGUGCUGCCUCCCUUGCGGGUUGGAAGUUGGAUCUAAAUAUUUUUCCAGAGUUCCAGGCUCAGAGUCAGGGAUGCUCAGUCAUGCUGACUCUCAGGAGAUUCAUGGAUAAGCCAGAGAAUCAGUUUAAUAAUGUCCAUGAGUCGACCGGACAUUUGCAUCAGCCUGACUCGCAUGUUGUCUCCCAGUAGCCACACAGGAACCUGCAUCAUCAGAAGGUUGCUUGGUGAGCAUAGAAACAGAAUAGAGGGCGUGAGUUCUAUAGCUGAACUGCUUAAUGACCUCAGUAUCCUGUGGUCUGGUAUGUCUGUCUCCACAACCGUGAUACAUUUUUUUUCUGUAUCUGACAGUAAGUUUUUGUUGGCCUGAGACAGUAGGUCAGACCCUGGACAGUAUCUCCGUGGCUGACUAGUUCCCUCAGCUGGGCCCAUUCUUUCUUUAGAUGAAUUAGUGAUUCAAUCAAUCCCCUGUCGAUCUGGUUGCCCUGGACAUCAUAUCUUCUCUUGGAGUUGACGUUUCCUAUCCUUACUCCCUGAUUCACCAUUCAAUCAUUCAAAAAUACUUAUGAGCACUUCUCUGUGCAAGAAAUGGAGGAUACAGUGGAGGGACAUUUUAGUGAAAGAGACGUAAUUAACAUGUAAACUAAUGAAAAAUAGGAUUGUUUCAGAUAGUGAUAAAUGCUAUGAGAAAUUUCAAGGAGGGCAACUAGAUUGAGCGUUGGGCUGAAGGAGGUGUUGGGCUAUAGACAACGUGGACAGGGAAUGUCUCUCUGAGGAGGUAAAGUCUGAACUGAGCCCUGCAUGCUAAGAAGGAACCAGUCAUGUGAACUUUCUGUUGAUCUUACGAGUUUAGUUCUCAGGGGCAGCGCUUCUUGCCUAUCAUUCGAAGUGGAAGUCCAUUGCCUGUCUAUAGACAAUGUGGCACAAAGUAGGCAUGUAUGGCUGCAGGAGUGCUGUGUAUUGUGUGAUGAAAUAGUAAUGCAGCCAUGCCUUCCAAAUCAAACUUUGAACGCUCUAACAAGUAGCAUGCUGGCUGGAUUAAAUAUUUGAAAUCAGGGCUAUCUUGGAUUUUCCAAGGAAUGUGAUUACCAUAAUUAAUAGGCUCCAGUGGGUUGGCCUGGGCACCUGAUCCCACACUUUGAUAUGGGAAGUAUGUCUCUAGUUUCUAAAAAGUGAAGUAACAGGUGAAAUUUUGGAAUAAAACCACUUGCCAUCUGGGACCAUACCUCUUUUCCUCAACUAGGUUACAUGUUCUUCCCUCAGCGAAGUCUGAGUUUUAUACAUUCUUGAAUCCCUCAAAGCACCUAGUAGAGUGUUGGGCAUGUAGAAGACACACAAAGGCCGGUGGGCUUGCCUCAAAUUCUGAACCUGCGCUGGACUUGGAGGGUCUCCCGCACUCAGGCCCGUGGCGCCUCGUGCUGUUCACCCUCCUGCCGCACGGGGGCGCAGUGGGAAUCCCGCUCGAUGAGGACGAGGGGCUGGAGCCCGUCUUGGCCCCGGAGGGUCGCACUCCCACAAUGCACCGUGUAUCAAUACGGCGCCGCGGGCGGCUUCCAGGAGGGGUCGGGGGUGCGUAGCGGACCGCGCGCAGCCCGAGGGGUAUCAGGCGGGGCCUGGGUGUUGAGGGGCGGCUGGCAGCCAUGGCGGAGUCGGCGCCUGCUCGGGAGGAAGCACCACUCCACACCUUUGACUUCUUCCACACUGUCCCCACAAGCAACAGAGAAAAGCUCCUGUUUGCAGACCACGGAGAUCUCACUCUGGACAGUGGUGGCUGCUAUUCAGGCCGUGGAGACGAAGAUGGAGUCCCAGGCUGCCCAGCUCCAGAGCCUGGAGGGACGGACGGGGACAGCAGAGAAGAAGCUGUCUGACUGCGAGAAAAUGGCCGUGGAGUUCGGGAACCAGCUGGAGGGCAAGUGGGCCAUCCUGGGGACCCUGCUGCAGGAGUACGGGCUGCUGCAGAGGCGGCUGGAGAACAUGGAGAACCUGCUGAGAAACAGGAACUUCUGGGUCCUGCGGCUGCCCCCGGGCAGCAAGGGGGAGGCCCCCAAGGCAUCCAGGUCACUUGAAAAUGAUGGAGUCUCUUUUUCAGAGCAGGAGUGGGAGAAUCUGGAGGACUGGCAGAAGGAGCUUUACAGGAAUGUGAUGAAGAGCAACUAUGAGACUCUGGUCUCUCUGAAGGUCCUUGGCCAGCCAGAAGGAGAUGCAGAGUUGGGGACAGAGAUGCUGGGUAACUUGGAGGAGGAAGGCCCAGGUGGUGUCCACCCAGCAGAAGGGGUUAUGAUCAAGCAGGAGAUACAGUACACACAGGAAGGCUCUGCGGAUCUUCCUGGAGAGUUCUCGGGCAUUGCUGAAGAGCAGGCUUUCCUGAGCCCAGAGCAGACUGAGCUCUGGGAUGGUCAGGGCAGUUAUGUCCUCUUGGAAUCAGGUCUCAGGAACACUAAUUUAGAGGAGCCCACUGGGGACAGUAGAGACCCUAGCAGUGGCACAACUCUGGGCUGCCCCCCAAAGCAGAAAUCUAAUGGGCAGGUGCAGCUGGGUCAGGAAUGUGGGCAGGGCCUGAAGCUGAAAAGGGACACUUCUGGCCCCUAUGAAUGUUCUGAGUGCGAGAUUGGCUUCCGCUGUAAGCAGCACCUAGCAACACAUCUGCGGACGCACUCGGAGUGGGAGUCUUAUGCAGCCUCAGAGCCAGAGGAGAGCCUUAGGCCCAGGCCACAGCUUAAGCCACAGUCCAGGAAGGCAAAGCUGCAUCAGUGUGCCGUGUGCAUGAGGAGCUUCAGUUGCAGGGUGAGCCUGGUGACCCACCAGCGCUGCCACUUGCAGGAGGCACCCAGUGCUGGCCAUCGUGUCCAGGAGAGAUUCUCGCCCAACAGCCUGGUUGCCCUGCCUGGCCACAUCCCUUGGAGGAAAAGCCGGAGUUCCCUCAUCUGUGGUUACUGUGGCAAGAGCUUCAGCCACCCGUCUGAUCUGGUGCGGCACCAGCGCAUCCACACAGGCGAGAGGCCCUACAGCUGCACCGAGUGCGAGAAGAGCUUUGUCCAGAAGCAGCACCUCCUGCAGCACCAGAAGAUCCACCAGCGGGAGCGGGGCGGGCUGGCCCCGGAGCCUGGAAGGCCCAAUGGCCUGCUUUAAGGGUGCCAGCCCCUCGCCCGUCGGGGGGGCGGAGGGGCCUGGCAUUGGUCCCCCCAGAGAGACACUGUGCAGAGUCAGGGACUGACUUCUUCCUGAGAGGGGUCACUUUGAUUUGCCUUCCCUUGACCGAGCACCGGGACAACCCCAAAAGCUGUCUUGAAAACCGUGUGGAAGAGGAGUCUGGGGCCAAGCGUCUCCCUGCCGUCUUGACCCUGCUGCUGAGUUUGCUGUCUCUUUGGCACCUUCACGUCUCUGGUUUUCCCAUCCAUGCUGGUACUCAUGGGCUGGGGUUGGCUCUCUGACCCCACAGGGACUGGUGGCUGGUUCCAGGGCCUGAGCCAGCAUUUAGGUCUUCCCAUGGGGUUGAGUUGGGCCAAAGGAAUGAGCAGGUGUGUGGAAGAGUUCUGGGAAGCAUAACCCUCUGUUUCUCUUCUUUUGUACUCUCUUUGUUAAUAACAAGUAGAAGAAAUAAUUUAAAUGAAUUGCUUAUCCUGCUCUGAAGAAUCUUUUUUGGAAUUAGAUUUUUAACUGACUUUAAAAAAUACAGUCCGACACUUGUUUUUUAAAUUUCCAGAGUUGUAGAAGUUGUUCCUAACAUGGGGACUGGGCCUACCCUCUAGGAGGGAAUCAUUUAUGGGGCUCUUUUAGCCCACCCACACUUAGUUAGGCCAGAGAUCAGGGGCAUAGUGCUGGGUUCCUUCUUGUGGGGUCCUUGGCCUGCUCAGAUGGAGCUAACUGAAUCAGAAGGACCGAGAGGAAGAGAAGAGUAGGAUAGACCCCAAAGGCUUUGCUGAGUAUGGGGGGUCCUGUAAAGAAGCUAAGAGGAUGGUGCUGCUUCUGGGAGUUCAGGUUUCUCACCACCGCCCUCUCUUCCUCUUGCAUCCCUGUCAUGGCUGUGGUUCUGCAGCCUCCAGGGUAGAAGACGACUUUGUUACUUAAGGUUGUUCAGCUUAUGCCAGUGGUUGUUUGAGUUUGUUCCUAUUGCACCAGUUGUUUCUCGAGGUUGUUCAGAUUACACACUUGCCAAAUUAGUUCUGGGACUGACUAUUCCGGAGAUGAUGGAGAAAAAGCACACAGACGCUUGUCUCUCAGUGUUGAAUACCUACCCCACUCUUGUUUGGGAAGAUGGAAGUGGGCUUCUGAGUCCUAUGUGAGUGUCCCCUUUGCUGAUUUGCAGUUGCCUGGAAUAAAACUUGCUACUAGCCAAAAAAAAAAGUGCUCCUGUCGGUUUUUCUCCAUUUUGUGACGAAUACCCUGCUGGGGCCAACAUGGAGAAGGUGCCUGGUCUGGAGCAGUGACAGAGGCCUGAUGGCACAGCCUGACCUGCACUCUUACUUAAGCCUAGGACAGAUGAUGAGAGGGCAUGUGUGGGAUUAUUCAUGGGACCCAAUUUGCGGUGGUCAAGGGCUGCAGACA